AUGAAGGAUGAAGAGGAAGGACUGAAGGAUGAAGAGGAAGGACUGAAGGAUGAAGAGGAAGGACUGAAGGAUGAAGAGGAAGGAGUGAAGGAUGAAGAGGAAGGACUGAAGGAUGAAGAGGAAGGACUGAAGGAUGAAGAGGAAGGACUGAAGGAUGAAGAGGAAGGAGAAGGAGUGAAGGAUGAAGAAGUGAAGGAUGAAGAGGAAGGAGUGAAGGAUGAAGAGGAAGGACUGAAGGAUGAAGAGGAGGAAGUGAAGGAUGAAGAGGAAGGACUGAAGGAUGAAAAGGAAGGAGAGAAUGAUGAAGAGGAAGGAGUGAAGGAUGAAGAGGAAGGAGUGAAGGAUGAAGAGGAAGAACUGAAGGAUGAAGAGGAAGAAGUGAAGGAUGAAGAGGAAGGACUGAAGGAUGAAGAAGAAGUAGAGAAGGAUGAAGAGGAAGGACUGAAGGACGAAGAGGAAGGAGUGAAGGAUGAAGAAGUGAAGGAUGAAGAGGAAGGAGUGAAGGAUGAAGAGGAAGGACUGAAGGAUGAAGAGGAAGGAGUGAAGGAUGAAGAGGAAGGAGUGAAGGAUGAAGAGGAAGGACUGAAGGAUGAAGAGGAAGGAGUGAAGGAUGAAGAGGAAGGACUGAAGGAUGAAGAGGAAGGACUGAAGGAUGAAGAGGAAGAAGAUGAAGAGGAAGGAGUGAAGGAUGAAGAGGAAGGACUGAAGGAUGAAGAGGAAGAAGUGAAGGAUGAAGAGGAAGGACUGAAGGAUGAAGAGGAAGGACUGAAGGAUGAAGAGGAAGGACUGAAGGAUGAAGAGGAAGGACUAAAGGAUGAAGAGGAAGGAGUGAAGGAUGAAGAGGAAGGACUGAAGGAUGAAGAGGAAGAAGUGAAGGAUGAAGAGGAAGGACUGAAGGAUGAAGAGGAAGGAGUGAAGGAUGAAGAGGAAGGACUGAAGGAUGAAGAGGAAGAAGUGAAGGAUGAAGAGGAAGGACUGAAGGAUGAAGAGGAAGGACUGAAGGAUGAAGAGGAAGGACUAAAGGAUGAAGAGGAAGGACUGAAGGAUGAAGAGGAAGGAAUGAAGGAUGAAGAGGAAGGACUGCAGGAUGAAGAGGAAGGACUGAAGGAUGAAGAGGAAGGACUGAAGGAUGAAGAGGAGGAAGUGAAGGAUGAAGAGGAAGGACUGAAGGAUGAAGAGGAAGGACUGAAGAAUGAAGAGGAAGGAGUGAAGGAUGAAGAGGAAGGACUGAAGGAUGAAGAGGAUGGACUGAAGGAUGAAGAGGAAGGACUGAAGGAUGAAGAGGAGGAAGAAGGAGUGAAGGAUGAAGAGGAAGGAGUGAAGGAUGAAGAGGAAGAACUGAAGGAUGAAGAGGAAGAAGUGAAGGAUGAAGAGGAAGGACUGAAGGAUGAAGAAGAAGUAGAGAAGGAUGAAGAGGAAGGACUGAAGGACGAAGAGGAAGGAGUGAAGGAUGAAGAAGUGAAGGAUGAAGAGGAAGGAGUGAAGGAUGAAGAGGAAGGACUGAAGGAUGAAGAGGAAGGAGUGAAGGAUGAAGAGAAGGAAGAAGGAGUGAAGGAUGAAGAGGAAGGACUGAAGGAUGAAGAGGAAGAAGUGAAGGAUGAAGAGGAAGGACUGAAGGAUGAAGAGGAAGGACUGAAGGAUGAAGAGGAAGGACUAAAGGAUGAAGAGGAAGGACUGAAGGAUGAAGAGGAAGGAAUGAAGGAUGAAGAGGAAGGACUGCAGGAUGAAGAGGAAGGACUGAAGGAUGAAGAGGAAGGACUGAAGGAUGAAGAGGAGGAAGUGAAGGAUGAAGAGGAAGGACUGAAGGAUGAAGAGGAAGGACUGAAGGAUGAAGAGGAAGGACUGAAGAAUGAAGAGGAAGGAGUGAAGGAUGAAGAGGAAGGACUGAAGGAUGAAGAGGAUGGACUGAAGGAUGAAGAGGAAGGACUGAAGGAUGAAGAGGAGGAAGUGAAGGAUGAAGAGGAAGGACUGAAGGAUGAAGAGGAAGGACUGAAGGAUGAAGAGGAAGGAGAGAAUGAUGAAGAGGAAGGAGUGAAGGAUGAAGAGGAAGGACUGAAGGAUGAAGAGGAAGAAGACGAAGAGGAAGGAGUGAAGGAUGAAGAAGUGAAGGAUGAAGAGGAAGGAGUGAAGGAUGAAGAGGAAGGACUGAAGGAUGAAGAGGAAGGAGUGAAGGAUGAAGAGGAAGGAGUGAAGGAUGAAGAGGAAGGAGUGAAGGAUGAAGAGGAAGGACUGAAGGAUGAAGAGGAAGGACUGAAGGAUGAAGAGGAAGGACUGAAGAAUGAAGAGGAAGGAGUGAAGGAUGAAGAGGAAGGACUGAAGGAUGAAGAGGAUGGACUGAAGGAUGAAGAGGAAGGACUGAAGGAUGAAGAGGAGGAAGAUGAAGAGGAAGGACUGAAGGAUGAAGAGGAAGAAGUGAAGGAUGAAGAGGACGGACUGAAGGAGGAAGAAGAAGUAGAGAAGGAUGAAGAGGAAGGACUGAAGGACGAAGAGGAAGGAGUGAAGGAUGAAGAAGUGAAGGAUGAAGAGGAAGGAGUGAAGGAUGAAGAGGAAGGACUGAAGGAUGAAGAGGAGGAAGUGAAGGAUGAAGAGGAAGGACUGAAGGAUGAAAAGGAAGGAGAGAAUGAUGAAGAGGAAGGAGUGAAGGAUGAAGAGGAAGGAGUGAAGGAUGAAGAGGAAGAACUGAAGGAUGAAGAGGAAGGACUGAAGGAUGAAGAGGAAGGACUGAAGGAUGAAGAAGAAGUAGAGAAGGAUGAAGAGGAAGGACUGAAGGACGAAGAGGAAGGAGUGAAGGAUGAAGAAGUGAAGGAUGAAGAGGAAGGAGUGAAGGAUGAAGAGGAAGGACUGAAGGAUGAAGAGGAAGGAGUGAAGGAUGAAGAGGAAGGAGUGAAGGAUGAAGAGGAAGGACUGAAGGAUGAAGAGAAGGAGUGA